AAGAAUGUCUUAUGUAGAAAUAUUAUGUCCCUUACCACAACAUAUUUAGAUAUGCAGUACAACAUAAAGUUCCUUCGGAAACCAUCUCGUAUAUUGUCCUUUGGCAGCAGGCAGAAUUCAGGAUCAUUGCCUGUCCCGGAGCCAAACACAGAUGAAAUGAGGCAAAUAUUUGACAAAUUUGACAUUGACCGAGAUGGGAAGAUAUCCCAUGAAGAGUACAAGGUGAUAAUAAGAGCAGUGCAGAAGGACAGCACAAGCAAGGAUGUUCAGAAGAUCUUUGAGGUAGCUGAUCUCGAUGGAGAUGGAUUCAUCAGUUACGAGGAGUUUGUGAAUGUGCAGAAGAGGGGAGGCGUACUGAAGAUGGUGGAUAUACAAAAUGCUUUUCGCGUGUUUGAUCUUAAUGGUGAUGGAAAGAUUAGUGAGGAGGAAAUUUUUGAGUUGAUGGAAAGGCUUGGGGAGAAAUGUAGCUUGCAAGAUUGUCGAAAAAUGGUGAGGGCUGUUGAUACUAACCAUGAUGGUUUUGUUGACAUAGAUGAGUUUGUAGCCAUGAUGACUAACUCUGCAAAUUAGCUUAUACAAUGUAGAAUCUUACAUGUCUUAUUUACAUUGUUACUUGACACUGUAGUAGAUCGGAGUUCAGUUCAUAUAAGUGGUCAAUAAAUCUGUAUUAAGAUCAACUUCACCCAAUAUGUCAUGCUAAAAAUAUUAUGUACAACUGAGUUUUUGA